AUGUCUUUCCCCCAGGAUUCUCGUCGCCACCGCGGUGGAGCCGGCACUGGAUUCAGCUCGACAGGCCGGCGUACGGCGAUGGGAUACUGGAUUCCCUUGGCUCUCACAGUGGGAGUUGCGACGCUGAGCAUUGCAGCUUGGAUUUGGAGCGAACGUGACGAGGACGACGAAAAUGACCGCCCCCACGAUGGGCCGGACGGUCAUUAUCCCCGUCCACCUCCCGGUACUGUCGGCAGCGACUAUCCUCCUUCAUACGAGACAGGGGAUUAUGCGCGAGGUACAGGGCCGGGAACAACACCCGGUGAUAACCCUUAUGAUCCCAGCUUCAUGGGUCGUAUGCAGGGUGCUUUGCGCCGAACCCCUAGUCCCCAACAGCUCUUCGACGGGGCCAGUCGGAGAGUCAUGGCUAGUGUAACUGCGGCUGGUGCCUAUGUUGGCGGUGCACUCACCUCGAUUCGGGAAGAAAACCGCGGUGACUUUGAAGAUCACACCAGAUGGUCCGAGGAAGCUCAGUCCCGGGCCACCCAAAGAGAUCAACAAACGCCUGCUGGACCAACUAUGAGCGGGGCGUUACCGAGCCGUGCACCCGCUGCUGGCCAGAACACAUAUGAAAAGAAGAAGAAGACUGUUGCUAUUGUCAUAUCGUCCCUUUCGCCAUCGGACUCUGACGAAUUCGCUUCGGAACACGCUUCUAUCCUUUCUCACCUCCCCGAACAUGUCGAUCUCGAUACUUCUCGAAUCUUCGUUUUGAUCUAUGCUCCUGAUCUCAAGCAUGCGAUUGGACAAGGUAGUACCUCUCGCCAGACCACCUCCAUCGCUUCCUCCUACUCCAACAUCGCAACCGAGGAGGCGAAUUCUUCGGCCGAAUUGGUUGGCGAUUUGACCAAUGUAGAGUCCCGUCAAGACGAUGAUAUUGAUGGUACAACCCCGCUCUUCAAGACCUUGUACACCCAGGCCCAGGCAAUUGUUGAGAAAGAGAGCAUGAUUAUGCCCUUCAACACAGCCGGCGGUUAUGUGCACCUUGUGCGCCACCUGUCACCGGACCUGGUCUAUGUCCAGGAAUCUUUGACUGGCAGUGAGGGUGAUGCUGUCCAACACAUUUCAGGUUGGGUUCGCCAGGUCAUUGUUGUGGUUGGCGAUGAGGGCGGCCGAGGAGGCCUCAUUGAUAGCGAUGACGAGUCCGCCCUUGCCGAUAAGGGAGAGAAAUGGUGGCAGAAGGAGGGUACCAUUGGCAUCGGUAAGCGUAUCGACGUCGUUGACGCGCUUCGUGUAGGAGACGAUUGGCGCCGCCGAGUGCGUGGGUUGGACUGA